AUGGCCAAGAGGCCGGCAGAGAUCCAGGCCACCAACGUGAAACUCCUCGAAGAGCUGUGCCAGCCAGGAGACUUUCUUACGGGAAAGAUUCGCGCUGCGUUGGUGCGGGAGACCUUCAAAGCCACGGCUACCUGCCCAAGCUGCAGGAAGAUUCAAGAAGGACGCGAUUCUGUCCUGAAGCGAGACCUUUGGAACGUUGUUUGCUCCGGAGGUUGCACCUUCCAUGAGCCGGAGGAGUGCUACGGCUUGGGAGUUGUGGUGCAUGCGCUCUGCAACCUGCAGAACUUGAUGAGUGAGGAGUGGUACAAGCAAGCAGCCGAGCAUGUCUUCAAGUGUCUCUCCGCCACCGAGAAGAUCCCAGACACCCAGGCAGAUCGAAUGGCCCGCUUGGCGGAGGUUAUCGCCGUGGUGGGCUUGGCAGUUGGCCUCCGUGCCUUCUACCGCUCCCUGCCCGAGGGGCCUCUCGAAGAGCCUCCUAUUCCCGCAGGCGUGGAGGGAAACCCCAGGUACACUAGCGCGGCCGAAGUGUUCAACAACUUGGAACCUCGAGAAGGGCACGGCUGGGGAGUCGGCUUGAAGAUCGAAGAUGUCAAGCCCGGCUUGAUGGUGAACGGCGCGAAGUUCUUGGGGGAGGAGUUUUCCAAGAGAAAGUUCAUGGCAGUCUCACCCAUGAACAAGUGGGCCCCAGCCCUUUCCACAGGCAGCAAUUUCUUGCGAUGGUGCUCAGUUGUCUAUUCUCCGAUCCAACACGGCUAUGAGACCCCCAGCUUCCUGUUCAAGAAGGCGCCUGGCAGGGCGCUCAACCGGGUCGGCUUGGAGGAUGUUGCUGCUGGCUACACCACUGCAGUCGGCUGCAGCUUCUGA